AUGAACUCUCAAAUGUCACCGAUUACGGUGAUUCCGGUGCAAAAUGGAGAGGGAUCGCAACAAAUAGCGUCUUGUCCAGCGUGUAACUGCUUGCCGUACUCGAAAGACGAUGCGUUUUGCCGAAGAUGCGGCUGCCGAUUGAAUAUGAAAUGCCGAUAUUGUGAGUCGAGGGUGAAACCAUUAGAUCGUUUCUGUGCAAGCUGUGGAACGAGGAGAAUCGUUUUCUUUGAUCGGGUUCAUCACAUUUUUCGUGCUCAUGUGCCGCAUUUCCUUUUAGGCGGCUUGGUGGUGGCUGGGUUAGCGAUGUUUUUCAUUCGAAAAAGCUUUCAAUCAACACCACGAAUCAUGUUGAGGCGA